CUGCCCAGCACAUUGCGGAUGGUGCAGAUUUUUAAUCAAGACAAGAUCCACCAUUCUCUCCAUUAUUAUAUAGACCAGUCUGUGUGCCAUUUCCUCAGACCUAGACAGUAGACACAUCAACCACAACCACAACCACAACCACAACCACAACCACAACCACAACCAUAACACACAAUUUACAAACAUGGCACCACCACAACUCCCCACCCGCAAAUUGGGCAAGAAUGGCCCUGAAGUCACAGCCCUGGGCUUCGGCACAAUGGGCCUCAGUGCAUUCUAUGGCGCCCCUAAGCCAGAUGAAGAGCGCUACGCUCUGCUCGACCACGUUUACAACUCAGGCGAACUGUUUUGGGACACUGCCGACAUGUACGCCGAUAGCGAGGACUUACUAGGCCGUUGGUUCAAGCGCAACCCUGGCAAGCGCGAGAACAUCUUCCUCGCGACCAAGUUCGCCAACUACGUCAACCCAGAUACCGGCGCCAGGGAGGUGCGAAACGAGCCAGAAUACAUCCGCCAGGCGUGCGACAAGUCCCUGAAACGGCUCGGCGUCGACCACAUCGAUCUGUACUACGUGCAUCGUCUGGACGCGAAACAGCCCAUCGAAAUCACCAUUCGCGCAAUGAAGGAGCUGAAGGAUGCCGGCAAGGUCAAGUAUCUGGGCAUGAGUGAGUGUUCUGCAGAUUCGCUGAGGAGGGCGUGUAAGGUAACACACAUCGACGCCGUCCAGAUGGAAUACAGCCCAUUCUCAAUGGAGAUUGAAGACCCGCAGUACAACUUGCUUAACACGGCUCGUGAGCUGGGUGUUGCGGUCGUCGCAUAUUCGCCUCUUGGGCGAGGGUUCUUGACCGGCUCGAUCAGAAGUCGCAAAGAUUUCGAGGAAGGUGACUUCCGAACGUUCGCUCCCCGAUUCAGCGAGGAGAACUUCCCCAAGAAUUUGAAGUUGGUCGAUGAGAUCAAGGCCGUGGCUGAUUCCAAGGGAUGCACGGCUGGACAGCUCGUUCUGGCAUUCCUGAUGGCUCAAGGCGAUGAUAUUAUUCCCAUUCCAGGAACGACGAAGGUGAAGAACUUUGACGAGAAUAUGGGUGCAUUGAAGGUCAAGAUCACCAAGGAGGACAAUGAGAAGAUCAGAAAGGCAAUCAGUGGGGCCCAGGUUCAUGGUGGAAGGUAUCCAGAUGAGUUCGCAAAGGCUUGUUUUGUUGAUACUGUGCCCUUGAAGGAGUGAUUCCACCCCGAAAUGGCAUCGAAUAAGUGGACGCCCGCGAAGUGAAAUGCAGUGGGCAUGAGAAGAGAUGAGACAGUUCUUCAUACAUACUAUCAAAGUUGAGAUUCGAGAGGUUAUCCAUCUGGUCCAACCAGCCAUAUCA